UUUGUUAAAAAUAUUCAACUUCCGUUCACCGGCGUUCUGUUAUUGUCAUGGCGGCAUUUCAAACACUUGACAAGCUUGGUUUCAAAUUUAAAAAGAAAACCAUGUUCCAUAUUUAGGUGUACUUCCAGUUAGCGACGCUUCGUGGGAUUCAUUUAAUUAAGUUUAAUUUUUUCGAACAACAAUUCAACGUACAAUGUGACGCCAGUUAGCUUGCUAAUGCUAACGUUAACUCAUUUGGAUUGAUGUUAAGCGCUGUUAGCUAUUUUGGCUGCUAUGACAGCACAGUUCCACCACAGAGGCCCCACGAUACCCGAAGCAUCCCAGAGUCAGGGGAGAAAAUGGGUCGUCUCAGACCCGACUCGAAACAUUCACAACCGUUGCGAUGUAACUACGGCCAUGCCCCGAACCAAGCUCCUGUUCAGCGAGGCUUUCCCUGCGAGUUCCAGCAACCGCGCCACUCACGUAUGCCCGCCGGCCCCCAUCGUGAUCGAGAGGCUGCUGCCGCCGCCGGAGCAGCGUGAGCGGGUGGAAAGCACCAGAAGCUCGAUCAGCUUCACCACCGUGUCCGAGGAGAGGCUGCGGGCGGCGGUGCGGCUGGCCAAGCGAGAUCUGCGAAGAAGGCGCCUUGAGUCAGUGACUGCAUCCCCGGCCAAACCCUCUCAGGACGCCUCCCCCCUCCAUGAAACAAGUGAUGCAGAGCUGCUCGAGGAGCUCGCUGCCACUCCGAAUAAAGCCAAGUUUAAGACCUCCAGUCCAAAAAAUAUCUCAACCAGAUUGGGGUUCAAAUUGUCAGCAAACAAACAACCGCGGAAGCAUCCCAUUGUGCCCAUGCCUCGGAUUGGCCGGUCGCCUCCCACCAGAGACCCCGGCCCAAGACAAUUUGGAGGAGAUAGAAAGGCGCCUUUAAGCCAGGAGGUCGGCAAGCUGCAGUAUGAGCUGGAGGUGUAUAUUCAGAAAGUAGAGGCACUGUCCAACAGAGGGGGGGAAACAGAGGAGCCGCUGGAGCCUGAAGAGCAAAACAAGUUGGAUAUGCGCAGGCAGAAGCAGGCAAGCCGCUCGGCACGAGUCAUCUAUGUUCUCCAGCAACAGGUCAAAGAGAUACAAGAAGAUAUUGAGAGAUUUCAUAGCCAGAAAACGUGGGACUCCAAAAAAUCCACAACAGUGAACAGGCUUGCAGCUGCACACCGUGGGACACUCCGGGUUUUGCAGUUUGCUGUCAACCAGCUUUCAGAUCCUUCUCAUGCCAAGGUUCCCCCUUACUACAAAGAGCUGGGCAAGCUGAUUUGCAUGCUCUCGCUGUGUUCGGCUAAGGUUGAAGCAGAACGGAAUCUAGAGACGGCCGACAUCCUGCAGAAACUAGAGACUUUGGAUUCUGCCCUGCAUAAGCAAGAUCUUCUUGAAAGGAUGCGCGCCCAAGCACAUCCUCCAAACAGGAAGUCUCCUCGCGGCACGUCACCCUCAAGUGCACCCAAGGGUCCCAGCACCUCAGCUGUUCGAGGAACUCACAAACCAGCAAAUCCCAAAAGAGCAAUCCGUGGUAAGAGAAUGGCCUCACAGAAGCCCAAAACUGCUUCUCACCAGCUCAUGAACCGAAGAGAGAUGCUCAGGGCUGGCCUGCAGAGUCUUGCCCUGAGCGAGCUGCAGGGACGACCUCAGACAAACACCACCUGCAGAAAAGGAGGGGCUCCACGCUCUGGGAGAAGCGAAGCUGGCGUUACAAUGAAGAUGCAGGAAGCCGGUUUCCAGCAGCCCACCGUUUCCUCUCAGCUUAGAAUGAACCAGCUCCCCCAGAAAGAGCCCUCUGUGCCCUGGAUACCCACCUCCCCCCACUCUCCUCCUCCACAGCGAUCGCCUCAGAGGAGAAGACCAGAGCCACGAUGCCUCUUUUCCCCCUCGAAGCCCUCGUGCAGCCCUCCCAAGCAGGUGGUGAACGCUGGUUUGAGACCAGAGCCGGCUCUGACCUCACAAAAGAGGACACAAGCUCAGAAUGAGGCUUUAAGGAAAGCAUGGCUGGAUAAGAUGACGACGCAGAGACUGAACGAGCUCAACCGGCUGAGUAAAGAAGAGGCUCAACGCAUUCAGUCGUUACGGUCAGAAGUUGUCUCGCCGACCCGGUGGGCGGAGCGAGCUGAGCAGGAGGCCAGAGACAGAAUUCAGCCGCUUCUGGAUGAAGCAAAGCAGAUCUGUGAAUCCGGGACGAGGAUCAACCCCUCGCGGAGGACCGGGCAGUCUGAGGAGGCGGCGGAGAGGUUGAGCGAGGCGCUGCUGGAGGAUCUGCUGGAGGACACUGCGCGGGCGGCGUGGGUGGCUGAGACGGACCGGCAGUUUGAGGGCAUGGCCCAGCGCCGGCUGCAGGCCCCCACCCUGGAGAGUAUGCUGCUUCGGAUGGAGGAGAUACAGAGGGACCAGGAAGAAGUGAGGAGACGGUUUGCGUCCAUCACCUACUCAGACCCUCUUUACUGGGACAGGCCAGACAAAGGACACCAGUGCCAUGCUCCGCCCUCGAGGCCGGCCUCUCCUCAGCCGAUUAGGCUAACAAAGCCUGUGCCAGGGCAGAGCUUCACAGCUGAUAUCUUCCUAGAGAAGCCUGUGGACGCCGGACAUGGCAUCGCCUCCGAAAACAGCCUGACCCAUGAGGCGUCCCGGGAUGAGCAGCAGCCCACAUACAACACGGCGUUCCCAGUCCCUGCAGAGACAGCCAGGAGGACCGUUGUCUCCGUGCCGGGCGGCACGCUGGGAAGCAUCCGGCAGUACCGGGAAGCGUUCAAGGCCUACCUGCGUGUUGUGACUCACGAGGAUGUCGGCAGCUUCAACCCCUGGGCCAUCACAGACCGUCUGGCGGAGGAGCUGCUGGCGGAGGCCGUGGCCGACGUGGCGGCGGAGUUCCAGGAUGUUGUGGAGGAGUACGCCGAGGCCGUCUUCACCUCGGAGUUUCUGAAGCCGACCCCGUCACCUCCUGCCGCGGCUUCAGUCGGUCAAUAGGACGUUACGGCGCCGUGGAUUUGCUCGUGUCUCACAAGUUGUAAUACGUAUUUAUUUUAUUGAUAAAUCUGCAUUUUUUGAGACUUUCAGCACAAAAUAUGUAAAUAUAGACCUAAGACGAUGAUUCUGCUCUACUUUCUCAGGCGGAUGUUUCAUCGCAAAAUUAAACUCAUUUACGUCUGUACUUAUUUUUUUUAUGUACUAAGAUCUUUAUUUAAUUGGGAUUUUUUUAUUGAAGCCGCAGCAGAUGAGAUUGUUUGAUUGCACAGGGAGCGUCCUCCGUACUCUUCAUGGUCCAUCUGUAUCUGUGAUUGAAUUCUGCUGGGAAAGUUACUUUAGUUUAGAUUAGCUUGGAGAGACCCUUUCAGAGGAUUAUAAGAUUACCGUCCUACUUUGCACUCCGUUUCAAUCCCCCUGAGGAUUACACACACUUUCUAUUUUCACGUUAGUGUACGGAAAUAAAAUAUUCGGUUCCCGCCAAAAUGUUGCUGAAAGCCAGGAGGAAGUUGAUUCCUUGUUUGGUUUAAAUGUAUAAAUAAAUGGUGUGACCACAGCAAAAAGCUUUCUUUCUCCUCACUGGUGAAUGUGUUAUCCCAGUUGCACACAUUAAAGGGUACGGUGUUGAUAUUCUUUUUAAUUGUUUUAACACCUUUUUUUUAGAAUUCCUGUUUUCCUUUCUUUCCUCUGCGCAAAAUAAAAAUCACAGCCACGAGUUUGGGUACCGUAAACCAUA